AAGGGUGAAGUACACCGAGGAAGGGAUCAACCCUUGGUAGAUAACAGGAGUGUGGAAAACCUAGACACACACACACCAGCGAAGGGAGCCCUCGACCAUCACACUUCUCCCUGGAAGGCAACUUUCAAGGCUAAAGUUCUACAACCAUCCUCCAAGCAGCCCACCUUUUCUGGAUCUCUGAUCCCAGGGUGAACGGGAGAUGCCACGCUCAUUCCUGGUGAAAAAUAGGAAGGUUCACUCAUACCAUCAUCGUGCAGUGGAUGACAGCAUCCUGGUGCCCAGGUGGGAUACAGGAACCUCUGCGUCCUUCUCCGAUGUUAUUUCCGACGACAGCAUCGCUGAAGACAGCAAGCGCUUCCAGGCAGACAACCCACCAUGCUGCCCUCCAAACGAAGAACAGCAUCUCCAGAGGGACAAGGAAGAGCAUUUUCCCAUUCAGAGUAUAACACUGGCGGCACCCGAGCCCCCAAAUCCAGAGGUGCCCACCCCGGCUUUCAAAUCUCAAGUGGAGAAGGCGUCCGCUUUCUACAACCCCAGUUUGGCCUGGAGCUCCUUCCGGCCUCCCUUUGGCUACAGAUCCAUGUCUUCCGCUGUGCUGGAGCACCCCCUUCAUCUGUACGGGCCCCCCAUCCUUCCUGCCUCCGACCUGCCUCUCGAUUACAGCAUGCCGUUCUCGCCUGAAUUGGGGAGCUACCAUUGCAUCAUAUGCAACAAAACGUUCUCGACCCCACACGGGCUGGAGGUCCACGUUCGAAGAUCCCACAGCGGCACUCGGCCUUUUGCUUGCAGCGUUUGCGGGAAAACAUUUGGGCACGCGGUCAGUUUGGAGCAACACACCAACAUCCACUCUCAGGAGAAAAGCUUCGAGUGCAAAAUGUGUGGAAAGACGUUCAAGAGGUCCUCCACCUUAUCGACUCACCUGCUGAUCCACUCCGACACCCGUCCGUAUCCCUGCCAGUACUGCGGGAAACGUUUCCAUCAGAAGUCGGACAUGAAGAAACACACCUACAUUCACACAGGGGAAAAGCCGCACAAAUGCCAGGUGUGUGGCAAGGCCUUCAGCCAAAGCUCUAACCUCAUCACCCACAGCCGCAAACACACCGGCUUCAAACCUUUUACCUGUGAGCUGUGUGGGAGAGGUUUCCAGCGCAAGGUGGAUUUGCGGCGUCACCGAGAGAGCCAGCACAGCCUCAAGUGAGAAGAGGAUUCCGAUCACGGAAGGAGCUGUGGAGGAGGGUUGGGAACCUGCAGCCGGAGAGCUGUAGACGGUCCUUGGCCUGGAUUGUAAACCCCACCCACUUUGGCUCUAGCUCCACCCAUUUUGCUUCUGAUGCCGCCUACUUUGGGCCAUGGCUCCACCCACUCACCGGGGGUAGAUCUCCGACUGAAUCUACAACCGUGAAAGCCUUUUAGCCCAUCAAAAGCUCCGUUGGGUUAAGAAAUGGUUGAAUAAUAAUGAUGAUGAUAACGCCUGUAAGAAAGAUUACUUUUUUUCCUUCUCUUUCAUCAGAGAUCUGGAGUAAAAAGUAGCAGAGGAUUUGAACUGGUUUGUGAAGUCAGAAGGAGAGAGAGAGAGACGGCAAAAGAAUCUAGAUUUACUAUGCUUCUCUGGGCUUUGCAAAUGCAACCGUGUUCGGAUUAGAAGACUACGUUAAGGGAAAGUGUUUAGGGAUGCCAGUGGGUGGAAUAAGCAAGGCAAAUCUGCAAAAACUACCCAUAAAAAACAAAUCAGACACCAGGUUUCUGUGGUGGAAAACAAAGGAUCUGGUGUUCAUGGGUAUUUCCAUCGCUACCCACGAUUUACAUGAUCCCUGUGCAAAGGUAGCAAGAUUUUGUCUCUGUUCAAAUCUCUGUUUCCUGGUUAAAAAAAAAAAAUUGAAGUCAAU